AUUGUGCCGAAUUUGGUACGCAUCUUGAAAAAUCUGAUAUUGGGUGGUUAUUCUCCCGAACAUGAUGUCAGCGGUGUAAGCGAUCCAUUUUUACAAGUGAAAAUCUUAAGGCUAUUACGUAUCCUUGGCCAUAACGAUACGGAUGCAUCAGAGGCAAUGAACGAUAUACUGGCACAGGUGGCUACAAAUACGGAAACAAGUAAAAAUGUUGGAAAUACCAUUCUAUAUGAGACCGUGCUGUCCAUUAUGGAUAUAAGAUCUGAGGGUGGUCUACGUGUUUUGGCUGUAAAUAUUUUGGGUCGUUUCUUAUUGAAUUCCGACAAGAAUAUCCGUUAUGUUGCUUUGAAUACAUUGUUGCGUACGGUGCAUGCGGAUACGUCUGCUGUACAAAGGCACCGCACCACAAUUUUGGAGUGCCUCAAAGAUCCCGAUGUUUCGAUACGAAAACGUGCUAUGGAAUUAUCAUUUGCAUUGAUAAAUGCCCAAAACAUACGUACGAUGACAAAAGAGUUGUUAUUGUUUUUGGAAAAAGCCGAUCCAGAAUUUAAGGCUCAAUGCAGUUCAGGAAUGAUACUGGCGGCUGAACGUUAUUCACCCAAUACCAGAUGGCAUUUGGAUACACAGCUAAGUGUUUUAAUUGCGGCCGGUAAUUAUGUCCGGGAUGAUGUUGUUUCCUCAACCAUCCAAUUGGUCUCGAGCAGCCCAGCUGUUGAACAAACAUAUAUAACUAAUCGUUUUUGGGAAUCCCUACAAGUUUCCAAUCAUUGUGAAGAUAAACAACCACUGUUGCAGGUGGCCGUUUGGGCUAUUGGUGAAUAUGGUGACAUGUUUAUGUAUGGUCCCAAUGAAGAAGAAUUUGAACGUCCAUCAGAAAGUGAAUUAAUUGCUAUGUAUCAUAAAUUUUUAACGUCUGCUCAAGUAUCAACAACUAGCAAGCAAUAUGCUUUAGUGUCAUUAGCAAAGCUAAGCACCCGACUCCAGAGUUGUGUAGAAGAAAUUCAAGCAUUAAUUACCUCAUUCGGCAGCCAUUUAAAUGUAGAUUUACAACAAAGAGGUGUGGAAUUUUCACAGCUAUUCGGUACAUAUAAACAUUUGCGUCCGCCACUGCUGGAAAAAAUGCCAGCAAUGCAAAUUAGUCGUAUGUCAUCACAAAACGGGGAAAGCAGUGGUUCAUACGAAGAUCAUAGUCCAGAUUUAAUUGAAAAUGGUUUGGGUGAUGAACAAAUCGGCACCGAAAGCAAUAUGAACACCAUGAGUGAUAAUACGAAUAUUCUUUUAGAUCUUUUGGGUGGUUCGGAUUUAACAACGCCAAGUCCUCUGACAAGCCAGGAUCUUUCUGUACAAAAGAAAAAUACGCUCAAUGCUAACAAUGAUAAUACAAGCACUUCGAAUAAUCAAGAUUUCCUUGAUUUACUCGGUUUGGAUAUGUCGUCGACACCGGCGUCGGCAACAACAAAUGUUACCUCCAAUGUUGUCAAUAGCACCAACACAAACAUGAACAAUGUACUGAUGGGUGUUGGUAGCGGCGUUGUCGGUGGUGGCGGUGGUGGUGGUCUAUUGGAUAUUAUAUCGACAGCCAGUACUGCACCCACCAAUGGCAAUGAUUUAUCAUCAAUAAUGGCUGCCGCUAGUAUAAAUAUGCCUUCACUGGAUUUAAACACGGCCAAUUCCCUAAUAAAUGAUCCGCUAGCUACGACAGCAGCUUUAAAUAAUGUUAGUGUGCCUCAAGGUCCGAAAUUGACAGCUCUGAAUAAGAAUGGCGUUUUGGUUCAAUUAGUUCCCGUUAAGACAAAUGAUUCAAUGCAAAUAUAUAUGACAACAACAAAUAGUUCUACAACCACAUUAGAGCAAUAUCUAUUUCAGGCGGCAGUUCCUAAAAGUUUUACACUACAAAUGCUAUCGCCUUCAGGUUCAGUUCUACCACCAGGUGGUGUUAUAACGCAAGAAAUGCGUGUUGUCAGUACGUCAAAUGCUACAUUACGCAUGCGUAUACGCAUAUCAUAUGUCGCCGAUGGUGUAAAUGUCUUGGAGCAAACAGAAGUAAGUGGUUUUCCAGAUACAACACCGGAAUAGAACU